AUGCGACCGCCCGAAGAGACAUCAUUCGCCCAGAGAGAAGAGAGACGGAGAAGAAGCUCUUCAGUGGUAUUGAUGGAGCAGGAGGAGACCCGACCACCCACACAUCCACUUGCAAAUCUUUUGGCCUCAUCGACCAUCGGCACGAACCACAAUCAUAUGGUUGUCCUGAACGAUGAGCUUGCACCAAUAAGGCUCCAUCGUAUGAGGCUUUCCCCACCACCGUCGCCAGCGAUUGAGUCUGCAAUGGUCAUCCAGGAUGAUACACAGCAGCUAAUGCUGCUCUCUGCACGUAGAAGUGAUAAUCAGGCAUCGUCUACACCUGCCUCGCACAGAGGGAUAUCUUUGAUGCAAUUUACGUCAUCUCCGGUGUCCACCUCCUCAGGGUCGAGCCUUGGCUCAUCUUCGUUUACUUCUUUGACGCAAGCGACACUCUUUGAGCGUGAGGUGCACGGUCAGGCACGGGCGCUUCUCAAUGGCGCGCAAAGAUCCGCACAGGAUGAGGACAACUAUUUUCAGGCCAACGGUAGGACCGUGUUCUCACAUUCUCAGAAUGAUGAAAAUUUUCAUCCUCAUCACCGCCUUUUAGCCGGUUUACACAGUGGUGAUAAUAGCAUGUGUUCGAUUGGAUCAAACUCCUCGUGUUCUACGCUAUCCUCUAUUCUUAACCAGUAUGCUGAACCUACAUCGUCGGCAACGAUUCUGUCCUCCAAUGAAGAAGAGGACGAUGACUUUGAUGAAAACUCCCCAUCAGCACUGGCGGCUUUCUUCCAACAACUCAGUCUGGCCACGAUGGGCAGUCAUGCCCAGGUGAUCUUUCAUGAUGACCUGCUGUCCUUUAUUCUGUCACAGCGUGUGCUGGAGCGCUCUGCAUUCGCGAACAACGCGCUUGUGGAGGCAUUACAGCUCUAUCUCACACUGCCGAUUGAAUGCACAUGUGGCAUCCCAGACGACCACUGGACACUUUCAGCAUGCAAAUGCGCACAACGAGCAAUCUGGCAGCUCAAGGAGCGUGUGUCGGACGCACCGCAGCCGCCCAUCCGAUGA